CUGGCCACGAAAACGACGGACACCGAAGACGACGACGACCUGGACCUCGAGGACGACGACGACGAAGAAGAUUACGAUAACGACGUCCGAUAUCAAGGUAGAAGAGUUAUUAACCACGUUGUACCAAACGGUGGCGGCGGCGGGUAUUGGCGUCAAGGCGCCGCCAGCCGUCCAACGAGUCCCGGGGUCGCGAUGGCGGACAACGCCAGCGAUGCCUCGUCGAUGAUGCCGCCACCGCGACCAAAAAGUAGAGCAGAAUUCGCUGCCACCAGCAAAUACAACAACUUAUCCUACUGGAAAGCGAGAAGAGUAAUUUUUUAUAAAAACGGCGACCCAUUCUUUCCGGGAGUCGAGUUUCGAUUUAAACCUGGUCGAGAUAUUUACAACUUAGAAACACUUUUGGAUAAGUUAUCAUUAAGAAUUGAUCUUCCACGCGGAGCUAGAUAUAUUUUUUCUAUGGACGGUGAUCGGAAGUUUCGAUUGGACGAAUUGGAGGAUGGAGCUUCCUAUGUUGUUUCAUCGUACAAAACUUUUAAGGCGGCUAGUUACGGUAAGAAAAACGGCAUUUGGUACGCCGCCCCCGGUGGCCAAGGGUGGAGUAAAGCCCCCAGCAGGAAGGCCUCUAUUAUUGAAACCGACGUUCCACCGCCAGGUGGCGGCACAAGUAUCAAACCAAGUUCCGGAAGAGUAAUACGAAUCAUUAAUAAUAUGGAUCACACUGUACAAUGUCGUGUACUUUUAAAUCUUCGCACCACUCAACCGUUCGAAGAAGUGCUAGAAGAUUUAGGACAAGUUCUUAAAAUGAACGGCGCGAAAAGAAUGUACACAGUUUCCGGGCAAGAAGUGCGAAGUUUUUCGCAACUCCGUAAUGAAUUUGCAGAUGUAGAUACGUUUUAUUUGGGAGUUGGAGCGAUGGGGGCUGCGGUGAUGAUGUCGCCGGUUCGUAAAUCGAGAGCUCGUCAACCACAAACAGCGAUUGUUGAAGAUAUAAGUAAGAGGAGAGCGCGAAGCAAAAGUCGACCGAGGACUUUAUAUGCUCCUGAAAGCGAAAUUAUUAGAAACACCGACUAUACUUUAUUAGAAGUGCUCAAAGAAGAACCAAUUCGAGUAACGAUAAAAGGAUUACGACGAACUUUUUAUCCGCCAAUACAUCAUGCUCCAAUGGAUAAUACACCACCUGAGAAGAAAAUGCAAUUAGAAUGGGUUUAUGGGUAUAGAGGAACAGAUUCUAGAAGAAAUUUGUGGGUUCUUCCAACUGGGGAACUUCUUUAUUUUGUUGCAGCGGUUGCUGUAAUGUACGAUAGAGAUGAAGAAACUCAAAGACAUUAUGUGGGACAUACUGAAGAUAUUCAAUGCAUGGAUUUGCAUCCAUCACGAGAGAUGGUUGCUUCCGGUCAAAAAGCGGGUCGAAAUCGAAAAACGCAAGCUCAUAUUCGAAUAUGGAGCACGGAAACUUUACAAACUUUAUACGUUUUUGGAAUGGGCGAGUUUGAAGUGGGAGUUGCAGCCGUCGCUUUUUCUCAACUAAACGGUGGAAGUUAUGUUUUAGCAGUAGACGGGGGGAGAGAAAGCAUUUUAUCUGUUUGGCAAUGGCAAUGGGGACAUCUUUUAGGAAAAGUAGCUACGUUACAAGAAGAAUUAACAGGAGCAGUUUUCCACCCAUUAGAUGACAACUUAUUAAUAACUCACGGUAAAGGUCACUUAACCUUUUGGAAUCGGAGAAAAGAUGGCUUUUUUGAGCGUACCGAUAUCAUCAAACCACCCUCAAGAACUUUAAUCACCAGCCUUCAAUUCGAACAAGAUGGAGAUGUAAUCACCGCAGAUAGCGACGGAUUUAUCACGAUUUACAGCGUAGACAGCGAUGGUGCUUAUUUCGUCCGAAUGGAAUUCGAAGCUCAUAAUAAAGGGGUCAGUUCGUUAGUUAUGUUAUCGGAAGGAACUCUUUUGAGCGGCGGCGAAAAAGAUCGUAAAAUCGCCGCAUGGGAUUCGUUACAAAAUUACAAACGGAUUACGGAUACGAAACUUCCUGAAGCCGCUGGCGGAGUUCGUUCGAUUUAUCCGCAACGUCCCGGAAGAAACGAUGGGAAUAUUUAUGUUGGAACAACUAAAAACAACAUUUUGGAAGGAUCCUUGCAACGACGGUUUAACCAGGUCGUUUUUGGUCAUGGAAGACAACUUUGGGGUUUAGCCGUUCACCCAGAUGAUGAACUUUUCGCAACCGCCGGUCAUGAUAAAAAUAUCGCUUUGUGGCGGAAAAAUAAAUUAUUAUGGACGACUCAGGUGGGAUACGAGUGUAUUUCUUUGGGUUUCCAUCCGUUUGGAAUUGUUUUGGCGGCCGGAAGCACCGAGGGACAUUUAAUUAUUAUUAAUGCGGAGUCUGGAGCAGUUGCAGCUACCGUUAGAGUUUGUGGAUCUCCAUUAAACUGUGUGGGAUAUAAUCCAGGUGGUGAUAUGAUAGCGAUUGCUUCGCAGAAUGGAAGCGUAUAUAUUUUUAGAGUGAGUCGAGAUGGAUUUUCUUAUAAAAAGUCCAAUAAGAUUCGUGGAAGUCAACCGUUGAUGCAAUUGGACUGGAGCACGGAUAGUAACUAUGUUCAAACGGUCACUGCCGAUUAUGAUCUGUCAUUUUGGGAUAUCAAAUCUUUGUCACCCGAAAAAAGUCCAAUAGCAAUGAAAGACAUAAAAUGGUACACUCAUAAUUCAACAGUUGGAUUCCUUGUUGCGGGUAUUUGGAAUAACCGAUUUUAUCCAAUGACAUCCAUAAUAAGUACUGCCAGUCGAUCAGCAGCUCACGAUUUAUUAAUUAGUGGUGAUACUGACGGAUAUUUACGAUUAUUCAGAUUUCCCGUUUUGAGUACAAAAGCAGAAUACAACGAAGAGAAAUUGUACAGUGGAACGGUAGCGUGUGCUCGAUUUUUGUUUAAUGAUCGUAAUAUUGUUACCGUGGGUGGAACUGACGCGGGUCUUAUGCUUUGGGAGCUGACGGAGGAAUAGCAAAAAGCUGCCUCAUUCUAUUUCGUACCAUCGGUCGUAGCCCAAGCGGAUGGUUUCAACGAAUCCGAGUACGAAUCUGAUUUGGAUGUUCCGUUCGAAGUUUUACAAUUAAAUUAUUACUAAACUAAACAUCUCAAAAUAGAAUGAAUACGUUAUUUGUUACGUUGAAAUUUUUAAAUGUUUUAUAAUGUGUUAUUGUUUUAUAAAAGAUGAAAUGGACCAAGAAUUGUUUUAGCGAUUUUUGUUAUAAAAUCAAAUAUUUUUAUU